UUUAUUUACUGUUAAUUUCUUCUCUCUCAGUUCAAAAAAAGUCGUAGAUUUUCCCCUCUGGUUUUACGCCGAAUGGCAGACUGAACCGCCUCUUUCUCCCAUUAUAUUCCUCCACUUGCCUCCCUUUCUCUCUCUUUACAUGGUUUUAGUUUUGUUUGCUAGUUACAACAAACAACAACUUCUCUCUUCUUACUUUUUUUAUUUUUGCAUUUUAAUUUUCUUUAAUUAUAUAGACUCCAACCGUCUCCCCUCCUCUCUUCAUUUCGCGUGUCACUUUCCGUUCGAGUAAUUUCUCCCCUUCUCCACCUUUGCAUGUGCCCUUCCUUCUCACAGUUAACUGAGAAAAGAUUUUUCUUGAUUUUCGAAUCAGUAAGAAAUUUAGAGGGUGGUUUCCUUCACCAUAAAUGGGAUGAGGAGAUAACAACAACAGCAACUGGCUCUCGUUUUCACUUUCCUCAGUAGAAAUGGAGCUCAACCCUUCCGAGUCUCAGCUGCACUCCACCCCAUCCGAUUCCCACCAUUUCUACCCUUUCGCCCAUAACUCCAAUGGCUGGUCUAACCAGAAAGGCGAGACGAUGUACGCCCACCCGCCCAAGCUCGAGGACUUCUUCGCCGACGCCGACUCGACCGAGACUCAGGACUCGUCCCUCACUCACAUCUACGAAGAUCUCAACGCUAUUUCCGCGUUUCAAGCCUUCUCCGCCAACUCGGGCUCCGACUUCGACGACUCGGCCUUCCCCGCCCAGACUCAGUCCCCGGUUGAGUUGGUGCCCUUUUCUCAGGCUUCUGCAGCUCCCAAUGCUCUCACUCUCCGAGUUAACUCGGAGAGUGAAACAAAGAGCUCGGGCAGGAAAAUGGGGGAUACCUUCGGCCAGAGAACUUCCAUUUACAGAGGCGUCACAAGGCAUAGAUGGACAGGUAGAUAUGAGGCGCAUUUAUGGGAUAACAGCUGCAGAAGAGAAGGGCAAGCGAGAAAAGGGCGUCAAGUGUAUUUAGGUGGGUAUGACAAGGAAGACAAGGCGGCAAGGUCGUAUGAUUUGGCUGCGCUCAAGUACUGGGGUCCGACUGCAACCACCAACUUCCCGGUUGCAAAUUACGCCAAAGAAUUGGAAGAGAUGAAGCAUGCAACUAAGCAAGAAUUCAUAGCCUCACUUCGAAGGAAAAGUAGUGGUUUCUCGAGGGGGGCUUCGAUCUACAGAGGUGUUACGAGGCAUCAUCAGCAAGGCCGGUGGCAGGCGAGAAUCGGCCGUGUCGCUGGGAAUAAGGACUUAUACCUGGGAACAUUUGCAACUGAGGAGGAAGCUGCAGAGGCAUAUGACAUCGCCGCGAUCAAGUUCAGAGGCAUAAACGCAGUGACCAACUUCGAGAUGAACCGGUACGAUAUCGAUGCCAUAGCCAAAAGCCCCCUUCCCUUAGGUGGCUCUGCGAAACGCAUGAAGGUUUCGGUUGAAGCCGAGGAGAAACUACCUCUGUGCAAUAGCAGCGGCAACAUCAACUUCUCUGCCAUCCAACCGGGUUCUGCCAUCCCGUGUGGAGUCCCCUACGACACAACAACGCCUUACUACCACCACAACCUGUUCAGCGUUGGAGCCUCGGAUGCGGCGGCCUCUGGGUCGGCCAUGGUGAGCCUGAUGCAGCCGCCGCCAGAGUUUUUCAUCUGGCCUAACCAAUCGUAUUAGGUAGGCAGUGCUAGUGAGUGAUACUAACUUACCGGCUAGGUUUUUAGGAUGGAUUCAGAAAAAAAGAUUUAAGGUUUUUUUGGUGUAAGUAGAAACUUUUGAUUCAUUUCAAUUUCUAUGUACCAAAAACUGGAGGCACUCGAUCGCUGUGGAUUAAUUUUCAACAGGUUUUCCAUA